AUUCUCGGGGAGGACGCCACACUGCAGCAUAGUCCAGCGUUUGUUUUUGCUCAAAGUUUCUCUUUCUUCAAAGCUUUUCAAGGCACAAUCAUGAUGCAUCUCAAACUUUUCGUAGCCAUCUUCCUUUUUGCUGUGUCCUUGGAACAAGCCAAGGCUCUCAAGUGCUAUGGUUGUUUAUCAACCAAGGAUUGGAGUACAUGUAAUAGCGCCGAGAAGGAGGUCACUUGUGCUUCUGGUAUAACGCAUUGUCGGAAAGCCGAAGUCAGUGCCAAGGGAGGCGGCGCGGAUGUGACAACUUACACAAAAGUUUGCAGCGAUGACUGCGAUGCUGACAAAAUUGCUGAAUGCAAUAAAAAGAAAGAAGGUGUCUCAGUGUCCUGCAAGAUCAACUGUUGUACUGGUGACUUAUGCAAUGCAGCCUCAGCUCCAUUGAUCAGUGGUUUCAUCAUCAUGACAUGCGCACUGCUCGCAGCUUUCUUUUAGUUUGCAGAUAACUGAUCAGAGUUGAACCACCUCAUUUUUUUUGAUUUUUGUCACUUUGUAACUUCAAUUAAUGCACUUUUUUCUACAUUUGGUAAUAAAAUUGUAAAAAAAACUCGAAAA